GACCAGAUAGUUUCGUAAUUGCGGGUAGCUAUCUAGGUAUUAUUUUUCCACGACGAGUUCAUGGUAUCGUUCACCACUUCUGAGAACGUUUAAAGUAACAUAUUUCUUAUUUAUUCCGUAAUGGCAACACCACCGACAGAUCCGUCAGUCGUAAAUCCUAUAACAAAAUGGGUUAGAAUUGGGGAUUAUCCCGUGGGAUACGAUCCAGCAAAACAUGGACCAUACAAUCCUUCCCGAUACUAUGGGCCAGCCGAUACACCAUUUGGCGAACUAAAAAUUAAAGAAAUACCAGCAUGGAUUGGUCGCCGUAACCUGACACCCCAAGGAGUGGCAGGACUAUUCUCCCGAGCUUUGUGGCGUUGGCAAAUGACAUGGGUGCUACCUAGGAAAAGUUCACCGGCGCCAAUUUUCCAAUUUUUCAUUGCAGGCUCCACACUGUUUUAUUUACUGAACUAUUUACGUCUUAGGGGCCAUAGGAGCUACAAGUAUCAUUAAGAUUUUGUUGUUAUUGAAUAUAUAUUCAGUCAAAAUAGAACACCACUAUAUUGUUGUAUUAGUUCAUUACACUUUGCUGAAUAAACAUUAGUAAAAUAAAUACUUAAUAUACAAAAAAA